GGUCACAGUCGCAUCUAUUUCGAGUGUGGUCGUAGCUUUAAUUAACUGCCUGUAAUAAUCCGAAAUGGGUUACUUAAAGCAACUGGACGUCGAGAAUUUCAAAUCCUGGAGAGGGAAACAAGUAAUUGGACCUUUUAAGAGGUUUAACUGCAUUAUUGGAACAAAUGGCUCAGGUAAGUCCAACGUCAUGGACGCGCUUGGCUUUGUGUUGGGCGAGCGGGUGACGAACCUCAGGGCGAAGCACACCCGUGACCUGAUCCACGGAGCGCACGUCGGCAAGCCGGUGUCCAAGACAGCCCGAGUCACCAUGCGAUAUGUCAGCGACAACGACGAGGAACUCAACUUCAGCAGAGUUGCAGGUGACUCUUCUGAAUACCAAAUCAAUGGGAAGCAAGUCACCCUGGCCAAAUACACAGGAGAACUGGAGAAGAUUGGCGUGGUCGUGAAAGCCAAGAACUGCUUAGUGUACCAGGGUGCUGUGGAGCACAUCGCUAUGCAGAGUGCGAAGGAGCGUACACGCAUGUUUGAGCGCAUCAGCAACUCUCUGGAGCUGCAGGGCGACUACGAGAAGCGCCUGGCUACGUUGCAGAAGGCCAAGGAGGACGCCCAGUUCCACUUCAACCGCAAGAAGGCUGCUAACGUCGAGAGGAAACUCAUCACCAAGGACAUCGAGGAGGCGAGGAAGUUCCAGGGCUUGCUAGACGAUGCGUCGUCAUGCCGACUGCAGCUGAGCCUGUUCCAGCUGUUCCACAACGAGCGCGGCAGCCAGGCGCUGUCGGAGAACCUCAGGGAACGCCAGCAGGCCGCGGCGGAACAGAAGAACGUUCUAGACUCCUGGGAGGAGGCCGUGAAGAACCAGAAGAAGGAGCAUGGCCGCCUGGGCAGAGAACUGCAGCAGAUGGAGAAGAAGAUACGCGGAGAAGAGCAGAAGCUGAGCACGCAGCGUGCACAGUACACCAAGGCUCGCGUCAACACCUCCCACCACAUGACCAAGGCCAAGGAGGGCCGGGCGAGCCAGAAGAAGAGCCAGCGCCAGCGGGAGGAGAAGGAGGGGGAGCUGGGCAGCCUGCGCGCCCAAGUACAGGAGCUGGAGAAGGCCUGGAAGACCUACGAGAAACAGGCCAAGAAAGAGGAGGCCACACGCGGCAGAGACGUGCAACUCGGGGAGGCACAGCUGAAGCGCUAUAAUGAGUUGAAGGAGGCCUACAGGAAGCAGGGGGCCAUCCUGGAGCAGCAGCUGGAGAAACUACAGUGGGAGUUCAAAGCAGACGGCGAGAAACUGGAAUUCGACCGACGUAGGAAAAUUGAAGUCGAGGCCAACAUUAAGAGCUGUCAUGCCCAGCUGGAGGACUACAGGAGGAGAGCAGACAAGUUGGAGGAAUACAUCACCACCUGCACUCGGUCCGUGGAGGAGUUGUGUGCCCAGGAGGAGAAUCUGCAUGCUGAGCUGGAGGGAGGCCGAGCACGCUCACAGGAAAUCAACGUAGAGUUGGGACAGGUGCUGUCGGAACUUCAGAACGCCCGUGUGGACCACCAGGAGAACCGACGCAACCAGAAGAGGCAGGAGGUUCUAGAGAGCCUCCGCAGGCUCUACCCAGAAGCACUGUUUGGUCGGCUGGUUGACCUGUGCCAGCCCAUCCACAAGAAGUACCAGCUGGCGGUUGCCAAGGUGUUCGGCCGCUACAUGAACGCCAUUGUUGUGACAACGGAGAAGGUGGCGCGCGAGUGUAUCAAGUUCGUCAAGCAGGAGAGGGCGGAGCCUGAGACCUUCCUGCCCAUUGACUACCUGGACGUGGGUCCGGUGAACGAGCGUCUGCGUGGGCUGGAGGGCUCCAAGCUGCUGGCUGACGUGGUGCAGGUGGCUCCAGGGGCUCCGGAGCUGCGCAGGGUGCUGCAGUUCGUCUGCGGAAACACGCUCGUCUGCGACACCACAGAGGAGGCCAGGGCCCUCGCAUACGGAGCCGAACGCCUCAAGACGGUGGCACUGGAUGGUACGCUGUUCUCCAAGUCAGGUGUGAUAUCGGGAGGAGCUCAGCACCUUAGGGGCAAAGCACGACGCUGGGAGGAGAAAGACUUCAACAAACUCAAAGAGCGGAAGGACCAACUCACAACUGAACUGCAGGCCCUGGUGAAGCUGAGGCGUAAGGAUGCGGAGCUGAAGCAUGUGCGUGCACAGGCCCAGGGCAAUCAGACACGCCUCAAGUACACGCAGACCGAACUGGAUAAACUACGCAAGAAGACCAUCCCUACCAACCAGGCUGAGAUCUCUCGUUUGGAGAGUGUGUUAUCCAACCUGGACUCUCAGAUCAGCUCGUCUGAGGAGACCGUAGAGAAGAAGGAGGGGGAGCUGAAGAAACUCAAGGAUAAAGCCAACAAGAUGGAGGAUGCGGUGUUUGCUGAUUUCUGUCGUGAGAUUGGCGUGUCCAACAUCCGAGAAUACGAACAGGAGUACGUCAAGCAGCACCAGGAACUGGACCGCAAGAGGCUGGAGUUCGAGUCCCAACGUACGCGUCUGAUUGGCCAGUUGGAGUUCGAGGAAGCGCACCUGAAGCAGCUCAUUAAGAAGCUCGACGAACUGCAGGACACCAUAGACAAGGAGGACAGCACCAUCGAAAAGCUGAAGAAGGAGGAGGAGAAGCUCUUGGCAUUGCUGGAUGAGACAGAGGCUUCUGUGCGGGAGAUGAAGGAUGCUCACGCCGACAAGAAGUCUGAGGUCACCGCAGCCAAAGCUGAUCUUGACCAGAAGGUCAAGGACCUCCAACAGGCCUCCAGGGAGCUGGUGCGUAUCCAGAAGGAGGCUCUGUCAGUGGAGUCGUCUCUGGAGACAAAGAGGCUGGCCAGACACAACCUCCUCCUGGACUGCAAAGUACAAGGAAUAAAUAUAACCCUGCUCACAGGCACUAUCGACGACAUCAGUGAUGUACAGUUGGACACGGAGACCCAGAGCACGUUUACCUCAGACAUCUAUGAGCGGGAGGAGAAGAUGGAGAUUGACUACUCUGCCCUGCCACGAGACCUCAAGGCUCUGGCUGAUGACCAUGUGGAUAAAGAGCUGCAGUCCCUGAAAGAGAAGCUGUCGUCAUUGGAGACCGUCAUCAUGCGCUCAGAAGCGCCAAACCUCAAAGCACUCGACAAGAUGCGGGAGAUCAAGGAUGGACUCAAGAGCGUAGUAGACUCUUUUGAGGAGAGCACUAGCGUGGCUCGUCGCUGCUGCCAUGAGUUUGAGCAGGUGAAGGCGAAUCGGUUCCGCCUCUUCAGCCAGUGUUUCGAACAGGUGUGCGUCUCCGUCGACCAGAUCUACAAGCGCAUGUGCAGGAACAGCAGCGCUCAGGCCAUCCUGUGUGCGGAGAACCCUGAUGAGCCAUAUCUGGAUGGUGUGAGCUUCAACUGCGUCGCUCCGGGAAAACGCUACAUGGCGAUGGACAACCUGUCAGGAGGAGAGAAGGCCAUCGCAGCACUCGCACUCAUCUUCGCACUACACAGCUUCCGGCCAGCUCCCUUCUUCGUACUGGAUGAGGUGGAUGCUGCACUUGACAACACCAACAUCGGCAAGGUGACAGGGUUUAUCCGUGACCAGUGCCAGGAAGAUUUCCAAGUGAUCGUCAUUUCCCUAAAGGAGGAGUUUUACUCCAGAGCAGACAUACUGCUUGGAGUCUACAGUGAGCCUGGAGAGACCACGUGCAGUCGUGUGCUGUCGCUGGACCUCACCCCUUACCCUGUGACUGAGGACAACAACUCCUCACAGAAGGACCCUGAAAUGUAGAGGAGGAGGAGGAGGACCCCUGAGGAUGGAUGGAGGAGACAGAGAAAGGAGGAGGAGAGAAGAGUGGGGGGUAGAAGAGGAUGAUUUGGAGGAGAGUUGAACAUGCAUGAAGGAUGGAGGUGCGUUGGAGGAGGCGAGAGAGGCAGCAGGAGGAGCAAUUCCUCACAGAAGGACCCUGAGUUGUAGAGGAGAGACGGGCAUUGAGGGGGUAGGUGGAGGAGAAAAGGGCGAGAGGAGUAGAAGGAAGAUAGGAGCUGGAGACAGGGUGGGAGAGGAGGUGGGGAUAUUAUGUGGAGGAGAGAAGGGUGAGAGGAGGAGAAGGUGGAGCAAAGAGGGGGACAAUGUUUGAGGAAGAGAGGUGGGGGUGAGGGGUGGAUAGAGCUCCAAACAGACAGCAUGAAAAGUUCUUAGGGAACUGUUUACAGGUUUUGUUGUGCAGCUAUUUACAAUGUUCAGUUGGUUUCUGUUUUUGUUUGCACUGGAUUUUGUAUUAGACCAAAUCUGUCUUUUUACCUAAUGGCUCUCCAACAGUUGGUAAGAUGAAUAAAAUUGGUUUUCAAUUAUU